UUGUAAACUAGAAUUUUAAUUUUUCAUACUUCCACCAAGUCACCUUGUAAUUGUGGUCUUUGCUUUGUGGAUACAAUAAUGGCUAUCUUGUCGGGCCCAGGUCUUCUCUACACGUUACGUUUGCACUGGAAGAAGUCAACUGCAGGUGCUAUUGUCUUCGUUGCCGGUGGUUAUUAUGGAAUCGAUAGGUUCAGGGCGCAUCUGAUUAGACGCUCGUACUGCCAGCGUGCAAAGGUUUACAGCGAGGAGCUUCUGUCGCAUCCCACAGACAACAAUCGGCGUAUGAUGGUCUUCUUGAAUCCUGCUGUGGACCGUGGCAAUCCCCGCAAGCUCUUUCAAAAGAACGUCGCACCAAUACUCCACAUGGCUGGCAUUGACGUCACGGUUGUUGAGUCUGAGUAUGAAGGUCACUUGCGAACACUGAUGGGCUACAUGGACAAAGGACUAAGUGGCAUUGUCAUCGCUGGUGGUGAUGGUUCCAUACAGGAGGCUGUUACCGGCUUGCUACGACGCACAGACGAGUCGAGCAUUGCGAGUGUUCCGAUCGGGAUUGUCCCAAUGGGCAAGAGUAAUUCCCUGGCAGGCAAACUCUUCCGAUCGGAAGCGUCGGAUGUCAGGCGACUCUGUGAUGCAGCGUUUUCAAUAGUCGCCGGACAGACGCAACCCCUGGAUGUUAUGUCGUUGAAGUCAGAGAACAAGUCACAACCAGCCGUGUUCUCAGUGGGACUGCUACAGUGGGGCCUCUUUCGAGAUACGGACCGUACCCUGGACAAGUUUUGGUGGACCGGUCGCUUCCGUGGCUUUUCCGCGUAUCUCUGGCGCACGAUAAAAGGACCUUGGCCACAUCAACGUCAUAUCUCAGUGACAGUACCGGAGACGCAGGCACAACAAAGUGCUGACCAACCGGGUGCAGCCAGCACGGUGGCGGCUGACUUGCGACAAGGUGUGGACACGGCCGCACUCCAAGUCUGCACUCCACUGGCUUCCGAUGACAAGCUUGACCAGAUAACGAUGAAAAUCUGGCCGGCAAACGUAAACAAGAAUUCGUUCAUUGGCUACGGCUGGAGAAAACACGUUCUUCGUCAGCCAACAGAAGAUUUACCCACAGCAUUUGAACUCACUGGCACAGAGUUUCAACUCAACCUUCCCGAGGACGAGGUAUCAUGGUUCAGCAUUGAUGGAGAGAUGUACGAAGCACAGUCCGUGAAGAUCACGCUGCUACCCAAGAAACUGAAGAUCUUUGUACCGGAGAGAUAGUACGUGGAAAGUGUACAUGAUCGAGUAGAUGUCGAUCAACAUGAGUGGCUGUAGGUAGCUGCCGUGCAGCACCUGAAAGUCCAGACAUCAGCUCUCCAGAACCGCUGUCCUCACACGUGCAGGCACGUGAGCGUCAAUUCUGAGAAUCGCCUGGGCCGUAUUGCAAUGUCUAUUAUAGCUCUGCGCAGGCUUCCACAUCGAAGUACUUAUGCUCACUGGCGCCUCUCUCAGAUAUGCCAGUAGCUUCGCUCGGACUCCCAUUUAUGGUUCCAUGAACUUGGCCAUAGAAAUCUUGCCGGCAAAGUUCACCGUGACCGGAUUCGUGCUAUGCAGCCCCUGCCGAAAUUUGUUGCCAAACAAUUGGCAACUGGCCAGCGUGGGUCACCAUUGCUCUUCAACCAGCAUGCCAAGUUGAAUGGAAAUGGAGUGGAUAUUGCUUUAUCAGUACGCUCUGUUCAACAUGGUUAUUGACCACCCCGCUGCUGACCUGAUAUCAUCGUAUUGAUCUCGUCAUGAAACCAUUGAUUGCAUGCUAGACUUUGAUGAUAUUCUUUUCUUUCCACGAAAUAGAGGCCGAAUAAUUCCAUAACUAUCGCAGUCUUCUAGCUGUGCUUACUCAUGACACUGCCAACUAUCAAAUGUGGAGUGGAAGGCUUCAUUCAUAACUCUUUCCCUUCAGUAUUUUUUACUUCUACCUCGUUUUUCAUACUCAACUACUUUGGCAUAAGAAUGGUUCACCCUUCGUGUUGUUAUA